UCCAGGCCCUGCCAGCCUGCCCCUCGCUUCCUGGGUGCCCGGCCUGUCUGUCCCAGCUCUGGCCUACCCCGUUUGCCCCCGUCUGUGAGGUUCCCUCUCUGGACCUGGCACUUGCCUUAGGCCUGUGCUCUUCUCCCUACUGGCUUCGCUGCCUCUGCCUCCGUCUCUUCUUCUACAGCUUUGCCACUGAGUCUCCGUCCGGCCUCAGUCCCCUGCCCAGUCCAGCCCUGUUCCCUGUCUCACACAGGUCCCUCUCUAGGUUUGUGCGUCUGUUGGGCCCCUGCCUCUCCCCAGGGACCUCUGCCCCCUCGACACUGACGGAUAACUCUGGGGUGUUAAGCUACGGAUUAGUUCAGGCAAAAUUCUCAAUUUUGCUUGCGUUCUUUCCCCUUUGGGUUAUGUAAACAGUAAUUCUCCCCAGAUGGAACUAUUUUCCUCGCUUCGAAGUAGCCGGGAGGGGGCUUAGGCAGGGCUGGGGUGGAAUGCGGGCGUUCAGCAGGGAGCCGGGUGGAAGUUGACAGGCUGAGGUCCCCAGCCCGGACACCUCCUCUCCUCUCCAGGUGCUUCCCCUGAUGUGACCAUGCCUGUGACCUUUGUCCUCUUGCUCCUCCUGAGCCAUGCCACCGCAGACCCAUGCUACGAUCCAGGGGGCCACCCUCGCUUCUGCCUCCCGCCAGUGACCCAGCUGGCCGGUGUGGCAGCCUCCUGCCCUCAGGCCUGCACCCUCUCCCCAGGGAAUGUCCUCAGCCCCGGGGGCACCUGCAAUGGCAGCCUGACCCUGGCCCUGGGUGGCCCUUUCCUCCUGACAUCUGUCAGCCUGCGCUUCUGCACCCCAGGACCCCCAGCCCUAGUCCUGUCUGCUGCCUGGGCCGCUGGGGGUCCCUGGAAGCUGCUGUGGCGCAGAUCCGCCUGGCCUGGGGCCUUGGGGGGCCCGGAGAGGGUGACUUUCCGUUCCACACCAGGCCCUAAGGCCAGUAUGGCAGCCAGCCACCUCCGAGUGGAGUUCGGAGGCCGAGCGGGGCUAGCAGCAGCUGGGCUGAGAGGUCGCUGCCAGUGCCACGGACAUGCGGCCCGCUGUGCCGCCCGUGCCCGGCCCCCUCGCUGCCGCUGCCGCCACCAUACCACCGGCCCAGGCUGCGAGAGCUGCCGCCCAUCCCAUCGCGACUGGCCAUGGCGGCCCGCCACGCCCCGGCACCCCCACCCUUGCCUGCCCUGCUCCUGCAACCAGCAUGCCCGGCGCUGCCGGUUCAACUCUGAGUUGUUCAGGCUGUCAGGUGGUCGGAGCGGGGGUGUUUGUGAGCGGUGCCGCCACCACACAGCUGGGCGGCACUGCCACUACUGCCAGCCAGGGUUCUGGAGGGACCCCAGCCAGCCUAUCACCAGCCGCAAGGCCUGCAGGGCCUGCCAGUGCCACCCUAUUGGGGCAACAGGAGGCAACUGCAACCAAACCAGUGGGCAAUGCUCCUGCAAGUUAGGGGUCACCGGCCUGACAUGCAACCGCUGUGGUCCUGGCUACCAGCAGAGCCGCUCCCCCAGUAUGCCCUGCCAGCGAAUUCCAGAGGCAACAACCACCCUUGCUACUACCCCUGGUGUUUACAGCUCUGAUCCUCAGUGUCAAAACUACUGCAAUAUCUCGGACACCAGGGUACACAUGAGCCUUCGGAGAUACUGCCAGCAGGAUUACGUUCUCCACGCGCAGGUGCUAGCGUCUGAGGUAGCGGGCCAGGCGUGGCGGCAGCUGGCCGUGCGCGUGCUGGCCGUGUACAAGCAGCGGGCACGGCCCGUGCGCCGCGGGGACCAGGACGCCUGGGUGCCCCGCGCUGACCUGGCGUGUGGCUGCCUGCGCUUGCGGCCAGGCACCGACUACCUGCUGCUGGGCAGCGCUGUCGGCAGCCCAGACCCCGCGCGCCUCGUUCUCGACCGCCACGGCCUCGCGCUGCCCUGGAGGCCGCGCUGGGCCCGGCCGUUAAGGCGGCUGCAGCAGGAGGAACGUGCUGGAGGCUGCCACGACCUGAGGCCUUCGACACCUAGCCCGAGGCCUGAGCACGACACUGGAGCUGAAACGCCUUGAACCCAACCAAGGAACUUGGAAGCGACGGUGAGCGGAGCCUUUCACCUCGACGUAGCCUCGGUGCAGAGCCAAUCAGACGUCGCAGAGCCCCUGACGUCAUGGUGCAUGCGCCAGCACCGCGCCGGCGUGAGAGACUUAACAGGAGGCGGCAAACUGCAAGCAGGACUCUUCAUCCAGCAGCCCUCCAUUUGGCCCUAUUCCCCGCCUGAAAUCUAUUUCCCGAAAUAAAGUUUCAAAUCUUGAGGAAUUUAA